UCAAUGGGGCGGGAAGUUUGGUGUUGGAGCUUCUCAUCGGCGCCGUCCAGCAGCAAACAACUGAUCAUCAAAAUUGAUGAUAGACAGUGGAAACAUUAGAUUUAAAUUUCACACCGAUAGUCAUAUUGUUAACCAUGAUCGUUUUAGGGUCACCGUUAAAUUGUGAACGUUUUAUACAUUGAUGAUCCCCGAAUAUGGUAAUGUAGAUCAUUGCUAGCUAGCUAGACUAGCUAAUUUAGAAGCUAGCUAGCAUACAUCAUAAUUGUAACCAGUUUAGCUACAUAAGCUAGCAAUCAGUAGCCAGCUGCUCAGCUACAGUUCUGUCGUUGCCAUAGCAUGAAUAGUUACCUUUGUUGACGUUACAAUAAUUUUCAGACAUUUUGAUGUCGUCUCCAAUUUGAGUUUUUUGUUGUCGUCUCGUGUAAUCUAUUUUCUUGCUAGUGAACGUCUGCUUCAGUGGGCUUUGUGGUGUUGCUGCUACCUAGCUAUCUUGCUCGCUGCAACCCAUGUAAUCUAGCAGAAGCUGUUAGCCAGCUAACGUUAGCUGCCUGCAGCAUGGGCCAGCCCUCCUUUGGUUGAGUUGUGAAUUUAGUUGCGUUUUCAUUUCAUGUCAGUGUUUUUCCAGGUUUGGUAUCCACUGCUAACAAACUAUUAGCUGUAGCUAAAUCGUUAACGAUAAAUACCUUGAUUGCACUAUUGCAAGCUAGACUACACAAACACUUACUUGAACAAUGUAGAUGGAAAGCCAGAGACGUUGCAGACGAGGGGGACACAAUUAGUCGUCUUGCUACAUGUAAGGGGACAUUAUUGCACGAUGAACAACCACGGAGAGAAGAUGGAACUGGACCUCGAAAUCCCAUCGUCACUAGUUCAGAACGAUGGCCAUUUAAGACGAUCCAACAGUGCACCUAUGAUAAACGGCCUGAGUGACAACUCGCAAGUGUUUCAGAGAGAGGUUCUACGUUCCAGAAGAAACAGCACCACAGUCGUCAACCGUCCCAAUAUGGUCCCCUCCUCACCCAUUCGUGUCCCCAGCACCAGGCUCCAUCAAAUUAAGCAGGAGGAAGGUGUUGAUGUGAUGAACAGAGAGACUGCCCAUGAACGGGGUGUUCAAGCAGCUAUGCAGAUUAGCCAAUCCUGGGAAGAAAGUCUCAAUUUGAGUGACAAUGACUUGGAGAAGUCUGCAUCGUCAUCCCCAAAGCGCAUUGACUUUGUGCCUGUGUCUCCUGCCCCAUCCCCAACCAGGGGGAUAGGGAAAAAGCAGUGCUUCUCUCCCUCAUUGCAAAUCCUUGUGAGCAGCAAUGGCCUAACCCCCAGCCCAGUGCCCAGCCCAACACGACGCUUCAGCAGCCGGAGAAGCCAAAGCCCAAUCAACUGCAUCCGACCCAGCAUUAUGGGGCCAAUCAAACGCAAAGGAGAGAUGGAAACCGAGAGCCAGCCUAAGAGGCUCUUUCAGGGGACUACCACCAUGCUGUCAUCGGAUGUUACCCAACUGUCUGAGCUCAACUCGUGCCUCUCAUCAGACCUACUGGAUGGAAGCCUCAGCAGCGUGGGUUCUUCCUCUGGGUCCCCAGCUAAGAUGGACGGUGUCUCCCCUUCUUCCAGCAACUCUCCCUUCACCCCCUUGCAGGGUCUCUCCCCGAAGUGAUCAGGGGAACCGUAGAGGGACACUAAAGCAGGGUGAAAGUCGGAGGUUUCUAAAAACCCUGAUCCCAUCAGUUAGUGUCCUUCAUAGACCCACCAACUCCCUACUAUUUCACUUUUGUUGUGGGACUUCCGAACAGCAUCAUGCUGUAUGUUUUUGCUUGGCUCUUUGGUAGACUGCUUGGGAGACUUAAGGUGUAUUUGUAUUAAAUGAAACCAAAGUCCUAGAUUUGUGCUGUGUGUGGCUGUGGAAGCACUGGUAAGCCUUGAACUGAAAUGGGGCAACUGUGGAGCACCAGCUGCUAGUAAUGGAUAUUUUACAUGGUGCUUAGCCUCCCAAAUAGUGACAUCACCACCAAGGUAAUGUAUCCCUUAAGUGUAUCCUUUAAUCAGUACCAUCUUACUGGAGGGUGGUAACACUGCAUGGGAAAUGACUGUCGGGAUGUGUAGUGGGUUGUCCCAUGAGUAUAAUUUGUUUAUUUUUUAAGGUGCAAGAGAGGGGCAAAUCUCCAGAUCUUGUAAGUGCACACCGGUGUUGGCAGUUUUUGUAUGAAAGGAUUUAACUUAUUGUUUUCCUGCUUUGUUGUUUGUAAGUAUGUACAUAUUUGCCAUUUAAAACAUUAUAAAUAGUUUUAAUUUUUGUGAACUGGCUGUAAUGAGAAUGUGGGCACAGGGCUUCAAUGAACAGCAAACCAACCCUUUUCUAUCUAUAAGAACAAACCAGAAGGUAUAUAGAUGGGAGGUUUUUCUCGUCCUUGUACUGAAUAAAGCAAUGUUUCCAGAUGAAAUCCCAAAAAUUACAUGUGGAAAAUCAGAUUUUCUUAAUGGCACUUAAGCUGGCCUUGUUUCUGGCUGCCACUGUCUGUUGUUUGAGUAAAAUAUGAAUUGUGAUACAGAUGAUGGUACUGGAGCAGAACUAGAGGGGGGGUCACCACUGAUAGGUUCUGAACACUACCAGCUAAACUCUGCAUCCUAUGUUUUUGCCUGGAAGUUAUCGUUGUGCAGUACAAAGUACAGUCAAACUUAGUUUUAUUUCUGAUGCAUUUAUGGUCUUUUUCCUUUGCAGCCACUUCAUUGUACAUUGAUUAAUUCAAUUCUUCAAAUCAAAACAUUGACUUUUUUAUACUUUCAAGUAAAAAUCCAGCAUCCUUUACUUGGCUGUGUCCAAAUGUCAGUGCAGUGUAGAGAGCCAUGUCAAAUGGUGCCAUUGCAUUUGAAAGGGGAAGCUGUGAGGCUGUAUAUGUUCUGUUACUCUGGUCAAAUACUGAUACAGUAACUAUAUAUUUUAGUGCAAGAAUAUUUCACUGGAUUGAUGAUUUCAUACAUUGAUACUGAAAAGUCGGAGCAGGGGAAUACCAUUAGGGAAAAGAUCUUGAGAGCUUCCUGUGAUGUAUAAAGAAUAUGUAUAAUGGUUGUCUUUUUGGGAAGAUUUGUAUUUUUUGGAGACGAAUUGACAAUGAAAUGGACUUAUUUGAACAAAUGCACCCUACUACAAGGUAUGCUAUUCUGAAGUCUGAAACGCGUCUUUUUCUUGUGAAACAAAAGUGAUUGUAAAUCCUUUUUUAUGGACGUAUGUUAUUGAUAGUUUAUUUUGAGAUGCAGUUUGAAUACUGAAUGUCUGUUUCUUUUGUGUAGAAGAGCAACAGCCUGGUCAGUUUGUUUGCUUGUCAUCCAAAUUGUUGAGGUGUUUAUUUUUAUGAUUAUUUUUGUCUAACUUCAACAUGCUUCUAAUCUAAGGCAUGAACUGGACUAAAAGUACAUUCAAUGUGUGCAGUAUGUUUGUGACAGCAGGAUGGUAGAAGAGCCGUAUCUGCAGCAGUGUUGGACUGCGUCUGUCCUUUGCUUGUGUCCCCUUUGAGAUAUAUCAAUAAACUUCUUUACCUUACGGUAAAUAAAUUAUUUGUCCAAUA